GGAAGGCAGCUCGAGACCGCGUCGACUUCAUACCUACCUGCUUGGAUAUCACAUCACAUCUGCCCUUUGACUUGACCUUACCAUAUCCUCCUCAUCUACCGCCUACUUCAAAACUUGCCCACCCUUGACCUCUCCUCGCUGUUUCUCCGCACACACACCAGUUCAAAAUGGAGGUCCUCCUAGGUAUUACCGGCAAGGACUUCACCAUCAUAGCCGCCUCCAAAGGCGCCAUGCGAGGCGUCACAAUCCUCAAAGCAACCGACGACAAAACCAGAGAGCUCAACAAGCGAACACUAAUGGCCUACUCCGGCGAGGCAGGCGACACAGUCCAAUUCGCAGAAUACAUCCAAGCCAACAUCCAGCUCUACUCGAUGCGCAACGGCAUGCACCUCUCGCCCGCCGCAACGGCCGAGUUCGUCCGCGGCGAGCUCGCCCGCGCCCUGCGCUCCCGCCACCCGUACACGGUCAACCUCCUGCUCGGCGGCUACGACGACAUCUCGGACCGGCCCACGCUGUACUGGUGCGACUACCUGGCGUCGCUGGCGCCGCUGCCCUACGCGGCGCACGGCUACGCCCAGUACUACUGCCUGUCCAUCCUCGACAAGCACCACCACCCGGACAUUGACUUUGCAAAGGGCAUGCAGAUCCUGCGCAUGUGCACGGAUGAGCUGAAGAGGAGGAUGCCGAUUGACUUCAAGGGGAUGACGGUCAAGGUGAUUGCGAAGGAUGGCAUUCGGGAGGAGGAGUAUGUUGAUGAUAAGCCGGUGCCGUGUGCGUGAGUGGGGAAAGGGGGGGGGGAGGUGCAUGUGAGGGGAACGGCAUGGCGUGGAGGCAGAUAGAUGAACGCUGAAUGUGUGCGUGUAGCAUAUAUUGAAUGUUUGGCAGCACAGGUAGCAUCGGCGUCAGUCAUAUCAUGAGCGAACUGGCCAAACCCCCUGAAAAAAAGUGCCCCUGCCCCCACAGUACUUCUCACCCACAAUUGCUGACCAGCACAUGACCCCAUCAUCUGUACAACCCGAAGAAAACCGAGA